AUGAGUUCCGGAGAAGGCAUCACCGACGAGGCGGCCCGCGCGGAGCACGACCUCAUUAACCAAGCCGAAAGCGAAGAACAAAAGUUGCAUGGAAACGAAGACAGCACUCGCAAGGACCCCUAUACUUCAGCCAGCAGUGGAGACAGUGCCGCAGACAACAUGGCCGAGGGUGGCCAUCAUGAGUCAAAGCUGGACAAGAUCAAGGACAAGCUGCAUAUAAAGAAGUAA